GCUGCAUUGCCACCCUCGAGCUGCACAAAGAAAAAUAAUUUACUCGCCAGCAGCCCAUUGGCGUUUUUUCAUUUUUUAAAGUGUACUUAAGAGUUGUUAAUAUUUUUCGCAGUGCUCGGCCCGACCACAACAAACAAUAAUAGCCGAAUAAGUGUGAGUGAAAAUGCAGCUAGCUGCAAUCGGCGCAAAACAGAGUGGACCAAAGCAGCCAAAAUCGAACUCGGAAUCAAAAUCAGAAACGGGCGAAGCGAAGCCAUCAUUAGCGAGACAUUUGUAUUUGUCUGACCCCAGCAGCGGUGUCUGAGAAUCGGAAUCGUCAAGUCGGAGAGAGAAGAGAACAGCUCACAGCUCCGCAGUCCCACAGUCCCAAGGAAGCGCCACUCGAUAUGGAAACCGAGUCGAUGGCCCCCAGCAGCAGUGCGGCGGCUGCGGCCACCAAACUCCUGGUGGAGAUCACCACGGACGGGGUGCCCAAGCUCCACUGCCCGGUGUGCAACAAGGCACUGGUCUCCUUAGCCGGAUAUGUGAAGCACGUGAAGAAGCACCAGCCGCCGGGCGGCUUCGAGUGCCGCCACUGCGAUGCUCGGUUUUGUCACGAGGAGGAGCUGACCCAGCACGCGAAGGAUGAGCACGGAGUCACCGGCGCGGCAGCUAGCCAGGAACGUAAGCCCUUCGUUUGCGAGAACUGUGGUGCGGAGUACAAGUACCAGGAGGCAUAUCGCCGCCACUGCCGGACCAAGUGUGGCGAGGAGAAGCCAUCGAAGGAGGAGUCGCGACCCAUGGAGUGCAAGUGCUGCUUCACCCGCUUUUCCAGCAGCUCCAAUCUAACCAAGCACCGACGCAGUCGUCCCGACACCUGUGGCCAGCCGGAGUACGAUUCGCCCGGCAAAUCAAUGAAACGAAAGUCCUUCCGCAAGGGCAGAAAGAGGGACUCCGAUGAUGACACCACCACCGAAGAAUCGGACAGCGACGAUGACAUUCCUCUGGCCAGCCGGCUGAAGACGAAACUGAAGCAGGAGAGCCAGAACUCGGACUCGGGCGACGAGUGUCCCGACUUCGAGCCAAACAACAGUGAGGACGAUGCGGAUGUAUCCGGAUUCCAGCUGCCUCCGCCGGCCAUGGUCAAGGUUGAGGCCUUUGACGAAGAGGAUUUCGAGUACCAGGAUGCCAGCAUGUAUGUGAAGACCGAGAGCACCGAUAUCUUCAGCAACGAAAAGGAUAAGCUCCUGGAUGUGCUCCUCAACGAGGGUGAUGGUCUAAAGCCCUUCGAGAGCUUGAAAGUGGAACAGGGCGCUGGUAUACUGGACGAGAUCGCGGCCGUGCCGCUGGUGGAGGUGGCCGAAGAAGAUGUCCUGGCCCUCAGGGGUCAUAACAAGGAGCACACUGGGGAAAAACGGAAACGAGGCAGACCGCCCAAGGAGAAGAUACCUGUGGUCAAGAGAAAGUAUCGCAAGAGAAACCAACCGAGAUCGCCCUCGCCUGAAGAUUCGUCAAGUACUCCAAAACGCGUAGCUAAGAUCAGCAAAAAGGAGCUAAAGGAGCGCCUCAAGAUGAUCAACAAGAUGGAGAAAUCCUGGAAGUGUCCACACUGCGUCAAAAUAUACCACAUCCGCAAGCCGUAUGAAAAGCAUUUGCGCGACGACCACAAGUUAAAUGAGGCGGAGAUGAAGGAGAUCUUCAAGGACGUCGACGUGCAUGCCAAGCUGGAUGAGGAGGUCUUCAAGUGCCCCAUAUGCAGCAAGAUCUAUUUGGUGGAGAAGCGCUUGGUCACCCACAUGAAGGUGCACGGCGAGGACGGCAAGCUGACCUUCAAGUGUCCCUGCUAUUGCAACCUGUUCUUCGCCACCAAGGAACAGGCCACGGAGCACGCUCGGGCUCAGCACAAGGAGCUGCUCUACUGCGAGAAGUGCGACAAGUACAUGACCGGCCACGACAGCCUCAAGAACCACGAGCGCAACUUCCACUCGAAGAAGGAGCCGCGCAGCCAACAGCGCAACCUCAUCUGCGACAAGUGCGGCAAGAAGUUCACCGGACGCACCUCGCUCUCAGACCACGUGCGUUCCGACUGCGGCCGCCUUCCGCUCUACGGCUGCAGCGUCUGCGGCAAGCAUUUGUCCACAGCUGGAAUUCUCAAGACGCACAUGCUGCUUCACAAGGCAGACACACCGUACCAGUGCGACAAGUGCGGCAAGACAUUCAAGGUGAAGGCACAAUACAAGUCUCACUUGAAGACGCGGCACACGGACUACAAGCCGUACAAGUGCCACCUGUGCCCCAAGGAGUAUCCGUACAGGGAGAGCCUGCUCACCCACAUGACCGUGCACACGGGCAUCAAGCGAUUCCUGUGCAAUAACUGCGGCAAGCGAUUCACUUGCAUCUCCAAUUUGCAGGCCCAUCGUAAGGUGCAUGCCGACACCUGCGGCCAGCUGCCUUUGAAUGCCAAGGCCACCCAGUACAUGGGCGUGCAGCGUGGAAAACUCCUGAUGGGUGCCAAGCCAGAGGCGGGCAUGGAGUACGAGGAGACCAAGACUCUGAUCGCCCAGGACGUCAUCGACAGGGACAUGCCCAUGGCCCAGGAGCUGAACUUCCCAUCCGACGGCUCUGCGCCACUGGCCACCGUGCCACUGAACUACGCCUCCACGCACCUGGUGCCACACAUCGUACUGCAGACCAUGCAAGCCGAGGCCCGGCGAUUGGAGUAACUUCGGAACACAUUCAUAUAGCGAUCCCACUCAAUAAAGAUGCUUUUGUAAA